AUGAUAUCCGAUCUUCCUAGGGAUUUGGCAGAGGAGGUGCUCGUAAAGCUUCCGGUGACAUCUCUGAGAGGAGCACGAUCUACCUGCAAAAAGUGGAACACUUUAACCAAAGAUGAGAGCUUUACAAAGAAGCACAUCAGUGAAGCAGCAAAGAAGAAGCAGAAGAAGAAGUUCCAGGUGGUCAUGAUGCUCGAAUAUAAAGUAUAUUUGAUGAGCGUCGAUCUCCUCUAUGAUAAUCCAUCUAUAGAGCGUAUAGGUAAACUCGUUAGCCUUGGCGAUGACGCAGAUAUAUCUAAAAUCUUUCACUGUGAUGGUUUAUUCUUAUGCAUCACCAACGACAAUCACAACAACUCUAGGUCUAGGGUUGUGGUUUGGAACCCUUAUAAUGGGCAAACAAGGUGGAUCAAACCUAGAAACUCUUACCACGAUCUUGACAGGUACGCACUCGGAUACGAUAAGAAGGAGAACAACUUGCUUCGUAACCAUAAAGUCUUGAGACUUAUGGAUUACUACGACGGGAGUAUAAAAAGGAGAAUUCGUGAAUUUGAGAUCUACAGUUUAAACUCUGAUUCAUGGAAGGUUGUUCAUCUCACUCACGAGUCACGAGUGUUUGGACCUCGUUUGCCUCUGCCAGUUCGCUCUCGCCCUGGAGACACUGUGGCUCUCUCCAGUGUUAGAGAAAACCAGCUCGCGGUGUUGUUUCAACAGUGGGAUACGUUGAAGAUGAAGAUAUGGAUUAGUGAUAAGAUUGAACACGAUGCAGUUUCUUGGGGAAAGUGUUUCUUAGCGGUUGAUAUGAAACCACUCAUUGGUAUUCAUUUUCACCGUAACUCUGCGAGUUUCUUGGUCGACGAGGAGAUGAAUGUAGCGGUGGUUCUUGAUUUAGAUGGAGGUAGAUCUUGCCCCACUCGUAACACGGCUUACUUCAUUAACGAAAACGGAUGCUUCAAAAAAGUUGAUCUCGGAGGAUCUGCAAACAAAGAUUGUUGGCCACUUGUGUGCUCUUAUGUUCCAAGCUCCGUGCAAAUCAAGCAAGCUUCACCACCACGCAAGCGGAAGAACUAUUAG